AUGGCGCAACCAGCCCCCACUCAAAUACGCUCCCUCUACCGCCGUCUCCUCCGCGAACUCCCCUCCACCCCUCAAACAAGCCGGACCCAGCACCAAAAGCUGUCUGCGCCCUCUGUCCUCCAAAAAACCAUACGGUCAGCUAUCGCAACACCGAAAUCUAGCUCAAGCACACACGUCCAGGUGCAACAGGCAGAGCAAUUCGUACAAUACGUGCAGGCGCAACGGUCAUAUGCGUCGUUGCUGGAGCGCUACAAUCCUGGUAUGGGCAUGACGGAGGAAGAGAGGGUACGAUUGAGUGCGAGGAGAGUGGGUAUGAAUCUUCCGGUAGAAUUUGGGCAGGAAGGGGAGAAGGCUUGA